CUUUUAAAGAAUAAUUUUCAUAAGUGUAGUAUGAAGGAAACGACGUUGUGAUAUUGUAGCCCUCGUUAAAUGGUUAUUUUUGUAAGCCUUGCGAAUCCGGCCUGGACGGGUGUGACUUAACAUUUAAGGUGGUAGAACUUUCCUGGAGCAAUUAUAAGGAUAUUCUAAGAAGAUGGAAAACAGAAGUACGGGUUUAAGCGAAAGCGGGGCAAAUGAUUUGCCUCUACCUCUUAACAAAAUGCCAGAAUGCUGGAAGGAUGACGAGAGAAUGAACGUACUGUUUGCACAGUUUCGAAACCGCGUUGCGAAUAUUCAAGAUUGGGACUCAAAGUUCUCAUUUUGGAAAGGACUGAUAUGGGACUGGCUCUCUUACACUAUGAGAUGUAGUUUUUCGAUCUAUGAUUUAAGUACUGCGUUCAAGAGGAAUGACAGAGUACCGCUAUGUCUGCCAUCUGUCAUGCAAGAACUUUACAAGAACAGAGAAAUUGUUCUUGAAGAUGACUUUAUAAAAGACUGUAACGAGUCCUGGACCAAUUGGGCCGUGAACAAACUCAAAGGACCGGUAACUUGGUUCUACAACAAGACAGUAGGUUUGGCGUCCAACGAUACAAUAAAUAAAGAAGUUAAAUAUGUACACCUGAGAAUGGUAAAAAAAUUGGGUGAUAUAAUACUAUCCACAAUCGACGAUAAGAAAGAGACCAGCAUUUUACCUAUUGGUGACAUCGUUAAAAAUUGUGUACAAAAAACAGAUAAUAAAAAUUUAACAAAAGACAGUGUUAAAUUAGCUUUAAUUUGGUUGAAAAGCAUUAGAAAAGCUGCAUACCGAAAUAAUUCAGAAUUAAUGGAUCCAAAUUUGAUUGUCAAGUUAUCCUUAUAUGGCAUAGAUGGGUUUACCGAAGUCGAAGAGGGUCUGUACAAACUGACUAGGCAGGAGGAACUUUUAAUAAAAGACUUAGAGCAGCUGGAAGAUACUAGGAAUGAUAUCACAAAAAAAGCAAAGAGCUCUUUGACAAAAGGAUUGCGAGAAGUAGCAAGAAGCUGGCUUAGGAAACGAAAAGAAAUAGAGAAGAGGAUGGCAAAACGUUCACAGACAUUGAACAGUGUCCAAACGUUAAUAGCUAGAAUUCAUGAUGCUCGUACAGAUGCAGAAAUUGUGGAUGCUUUCAGAGACGGUUGCAAGAUUUUACAAACUGUUAAAGAAAGUGGAUUAUCGGAUGAUCACAUCAAAAACACAAUGGACAACAUUUCCGAAGUCCUAGAAGAUUUAAGUGACAUUCAAGAUGAAAUAUCCAAACCACUGUCGAGUCCUGAUUACGACGAGGACUUAGAAAACGAAUUAGCCGAAUUACUGUUUGUCGACGAGAUUUCCUCCAAAUUUACUGGACCACCUCCACCAGAUAUUUCAACUCGACGUGUAUCGGUAUUGCCUGACCUACCAGAUGAAUUCGUAGAUAAGCCUAAACCUCGAAGAGGACCAACCGAGAUACCGAAUCUCCCAGAAGAUUUGAAGGCUUUAAAUAUUCAAGAUUCAGUGUUUUCUAGCUAUAAAAAGCAGCCUUUGAAAUCACACCAGUCCUAGCGAAUCGAUAGUCGACGUCAGCUCACUCAUAUGGUCCUAGCUUUUACAAAUCCUUACCUACUCUAACUUUUCCCAUUCGACUCCGGCAAUAUUAAACCUCUUUUAUUAUUCGUAACAGCAUUGUUUAGUUUAACAUCGUUCCAUUAUCGAGCGAGUCGUCAAAGCUACAAUUGAAGUAAUCUCGUGCUGAAUGAAUUACGUCAAUGUUAUGUAAAUGUACAAAUAAUUACACCUUAUCAUCCGCCACGCGACGAAACGAAACGUCGACAAUAAAGGACCUCGACACAAA